CGAUUGAUGUAAUCCAUUACUAAUUUUUGUUCGUUAUAUAUUUAGGUGAAAUAUUUUUGGUGAAAUGACUAUUGAAAUUAAUACAGUUUUUGCUGGUAGUGAGAAGAAAAACGCUGAUUAUUGCAUUGUACCUGACAGUCAAAAAAAUUGUAUGGAUUUGGCAGACCAACCACAGAUAUUACGUCGGUAUCCCCUAACUCCAUGUAUGGGGCUACUACAUUUCAAGUAUAGAAAAGUCAACGAUUGUAAUUUGUCCUGCGAAAAUGAUUCCAAUAUUAUUGCAGACAAAUUUCGUCCUACUAGUGUUGAUGAGGCUUUGGUUGUUAAUGAUCACGGUGCAAAAGAAUUGUUGAAACCAUAUCCAAUCUUGCCAUAUGAACGUUUGUUAGAAAAAGAGAAGAAUGAAAAUCAAAAUGCAUUUAAACCCAAAAGACAAACUUUAUUGAAUCGAAUGAUGCCAACAACGAGACAACCAAUAAAAGCUAGACAUCCAGUGCAUAAUACAAAGAACAAUAAUAUAUAUCAAUCCGAAGAGAUUAAGGAAAAGAAAAAUAAUUCAUCUCAUGAAGAAACAAAAACCUGGAAUCAGACUAAAAAUCGUUUAAUAGGAUCUAGAAUGACGGAAAAUAUUCCUGUCACAUUUACAGAAUAUCAAUAUUCUACAUGCAAACGAACUAAAAUUUGUACAGUUCCUGGUAUGAAAAGACGAUCCAGUAUCGAAGAUGCAGCAUUAUCUAGAUCAAAUGAACAGUAUUUACAGUUUGAUAAAUCUCUACAAACUACGGUAAAACGAUCAUGUACUGAUGAAUUCUGUAAAGCACAAAGAAUUAACUAUGAAAACAGAUAUAUCGAUCAGUCUUCAAAUGCAGUGAAUAUUACGACUGCACGGAAUUGUGGAAUUCAGUCGGGUGAUUCACUACACAUCACCACCUCCUCAACAUCAUCAUCAUCUGCAACAUUGUCCUCAGUUUCUUCAACUAAACGACAAAGUCUUCCUUUGAAAUGUAAGAGAUGGAGUAAAGUAUCGUCAAAGUCAUGCUCUCGUCGUUGUAGUACUGGAAGUGUGAGUUCUGUACAAUCUCCGAUUGAAUAUCUAAACAUUGAGAACGAUAGUGUGCAUAGGAAAAAUCCAAUUUCGAACUCAGAAGUUCAACAGAAUCCUAGUAUAUUUCGAGGAAUCAGGAAGUCUGCACAACAAACUAUCAGUAAUAUUUGUAAAGCAAUGAAAUAUUCUAAUCCCAAUAUAUCACUUACUUCAAACAGUUCAUAUCACAAUGUUGAUCACUCGGAUCAACCAAAUUCGUUGAAGCGAUACACCGAACAUUUGAUUCAUUCAGAUUCACUACGAAAUACUCCACCCACAAAAGAAUAUUCAUGUGAAUCAAAUAAAAUCUUAGUUGACAAGACUAAUGAAAUGAUAGUUUCAGAUGACAGUUGUCAAUAUGCACUAACUAUUCGACAUGUCAUAUUGUCACGACGUGAAUUUGAUGAGCAGUUUGGUUUAUUUGUAAUCAAAUCAGAACAAGGUUAUCGUAUCACACGUUUAUCAGAAAGAUUAAAACAAAACAAUCAUAUUCAUAUUGGUGAUGAAAUUGUUCAAGUCAAUGGAAUGUAUUGUAAACAAUUAGAUAUGUAUGAUUUACAAGAAUUAUUUCGAAAUAAUCAAUCAAUUAUUUUGACUUUUAUUGAUCAAUAG